CAUAUCUUGAUAAAUCUUGAUUCCUCUCUAGAUCGCUCGAACUUGUUUUUAACAUUUUUUCCUACUGUUACAGUAGCUAAACUAACCGAAACCACUUAAGUCAGCUAACUAAACAAUGCUAGCUAAUUCGGUUAGUUAACGCUAAUAUAAACUAACGACUGAUAGUACCGUUAUCUCAGUUUGGCUAGCUAAUGUUGACUACAACAACAGUAGCUAACUAGUUGACGCUAGCUAGUUUAUUAUCACUUAGCGUUAUACCAAUUAACACUAACGUUAGCUAACGCAGAUUUCUUAUUUGUGGCUAACAACCAAUAGCCAGGCUAACGUUUGUUACAAUUUAGAUAGCUGUAUAGUUACCUUACUUAACAUUAGCUAGUUGUAAUUUUCACUUUAUAGCUAACGUUACUGUCCCCAUGUUCAAGAAGUUAACAAUCUGGUAACUUAAGCGUUGUUAUCAUCAGACUCAAGGCGAAUCAUAACAUAAGUCAAUAUGAGUCGUCGAUCAUCUGCUGUCAGGAGUCUCGAUUUUUCGGAAACCGACCUGAACAAACUGCAGCUGCAUCAUCGUAGAUCAGAGGGAGCCAAGCGGGCAUACACUGAGAAAAUCCAAGGCCUCAUCUUCAGAGACAGACAGGAGAUCCAGAGGCUCCAGGAUGAACGUGAAGAGUUUUUACUGAGUCUCAAAGCCUCUCAGAGUUGUUCUACUCGUUGGACUGAUACUAGUGUUGUUCAAGACCUUACUGCCAAGUUGGCCUGUGGAGACGGAAUAGAUGAGGAGCUGGAAGCUGAAUUAGGCAAAGUGGCAUCUUUGAAAGAUCAGAUUUUAAUAUGGGAGAGGAAGUUGGCAGGACAGAAGACUGGUGGGGGAACUACACAUCACAGUAUGAAAUCUGAUAAGAGCAACUUACUAAAAAAAACCUGCCUAAUAGAAAACAAACUGUACAGGGGGCGCAAAUGCUUCAAUACGACAAUGACCAGGAAUAGCAAGUUGAGGGAGGAGCUCAAGAUACUGCAGGUUGAGAAGAAACAGUUCCUACAUGUUCAAACUCGGCUGGAAAAGAAGCUGCAUGCAAUUCGCAAGGAUAUUUGUAAUCUCAUGACAAAGUGCACGGAAGCCUUCAAUGCCAGUGUGAAGAGCCAUGAAAGACAGAGGAUGCUGGUGGACCAGAAUGCUAAAGAUGUGGCUCACUACAUCAAAGAGAGGAGCAAGUUGAAUCGAGGAAUGUCUCAUUACUGCAAAUUUGAGGUUUUCCUUGGCAUUAAGGCUAUUGUAUGCAACAACCAGGACACAGACCACGACAAAGUCGAGCUCAAGCAACUGGAGUCUAAGGAAUUGGGGCUGGAAGAUUUUGUGGAUGCUAUCAAAAAGAUCCUCACAGAGACGGAGGAAAGUGACCUGGACAAACUAGUCAGGAACUUCAUACAAAUGGAGGAGCAGAACUACACUUUUUUGAAAUUUGUCAACUAUCAGCAAAAUGAAGCAGAGACCAUUCAGAGGCAGAUCUCUCAGCUUUGCAGUGAGAGAGAGAUCUUUGCAGCCGAGGAGCAGCGGCAGCAGGAGCAGCAUCAGGCUCUUCAGAUAAAAAUUUCCAUCAAGCAAGAGCCAAUCAAGCAACAGCUGGCAGUUUAUCAACAGCGUGUUGGGUUUUUUGAAAAGCUCCUAGAUCGGCUCAAAGAAGGUGUUAAAUCAUUGUGUCAGAUCAGCUAUUACAGCUCUGUGAUUUGCGACCAAAUAGGCUCCGCUGAUGGAGUCCAGGAUGAAAACAUCGUAGAGUACCUGAGAAGGGCGGAGAACAGAGUCAAUGAGCUUCUCACUCUGAAGUCCAUUCUUCACUUCCAAGAGAACCUUGACCAGUGGGACAUUGAAAGCCUCAGUGCCAUUGCUGGACAGCUCCUGGGAAUGACCCCCCCAGCUGUGAACUUCACCACUGCUUCUGCAAUCCCUGCACUUGCUGAUGACCCAGACAUGGUGGAGUCACUGCUGCUGGUUGCUAAGGAGCCAGUGAGUAGACAUGAGCUCCUGAAACUGGUCAAUACGAGGAUUCAGAGGAAAAAGAAGAGAGAUUGACCUGAUGUUUCCAGUAUAUGCUGCUCCUUGGAGCUGCCAUAAGCUACUGCACACUAAACCACUGGAAACAAGUCUGUGCUGAGCUUUUAGAUUUCUAAAAGCUUUAUUAGGCUUUAUGAAUGUUUAGACAGGCAUGUGAAGGAUCAAUGUGUCAGGUAUUCAACAGGGAAUAAC